AAAACGAGCCCAUUUUAUGUUUUGUAUUUUUCAUUUUCCUCUCUGUCACAAUGAACGUCAUGAGGAGUUGAGCCUGCGAAUCGUUCGACAAAAUACUGCGGCCAAAUUCAGCAUAUUGGCAAUGGCGGGUGCUGCAUCCGCCUUGUUCCUUCUGGAUAUGAAGGGUCGUGUCCUCAUCUGGCGAGAUUAUCGUGGCGAUGUCUCUUCAGCUCAAGCAGAACGUUUUUUCUCAAAGCUCAUCGAAAAGGAGGGUGAUCCUGCUUUACAAAAUCCUGUGGUUUACGACAAUGGGGUGACUUACAUGUUCAUUCAGCACAACAAUAUUUACCUUAUGACAGCAUCGAGACAGAACUCUAAUGCAGCGAGCUCGCUAUUAUUUUUACAUCGACUUGUGGAUGUAUUCAAGCACUAUUUUGAAGAGCUAGAAGAAGAGUCUUUGAGAGACAAUUUUGUUGUUGUUUAUGAACUAUUGGAUGAAAUAAUGGACUUCGGGUACCCUCAAUAUACAGAGGCAAAGAUUCUUAGUGAAUUCAUCAAAACAGAUGCUUACAGGAUGGAAGUCACUCAGCGACCUCCAAUGGCUGUUACUAAUGCAGUUUCCUGGCGAAGUGAAGGAAUACGAUACAAGAAAAAUGAGGUCUUUUUGGAUGUAGUAGAAAGUGUAAAUAUUCUUGUGAAUAGCAAUGGGCAAAUAGUGCGAUCUGAUGUAGUUGGAGCGCUGAAGAUGAGAGCUUACCUGAGUGGAAUGCCAGAAUGCAAGCUUGGACUUAAUGACAGGGUGCUACUAGAAGCUCAAGGCAAAGCGUCAAAGGGAAAAGCAAUUGAUUUGGAUGACAUCAAGUUUCAUCAGUGUGUUCGUCUUGCUCGUUUUGAAAAUGAUAGAACUAUAUCCUUCAUACCUCCUGAUGGGACUUUUGAUCUUAUGAACUAUAGACUUAGCACGCAGGUAAAGCCAUUGAUAUGGGUUGAAGCUCAAGUAGAAAAGCAUUCAAGAAGUCGGGUAGAAUAUUUGGUGAGAGCACGCAGUCAAUACAAAGAUCGCAGUACAGCAACAAAUGUUGAAAUUGAAUUGCCAGUCCCAGCUGAUGCAUCUACACCUCAUGUACGUACAUCAAUGGGUUCUUCUGCAUAUUCCCCAGAGAGGGAUGCUUUGCUUUGGAAAAUCAAAUCAUUUCCUGGUGGAAAGGAAUACAUAUUGAGGGCCGAGUUUAGCCUUUCUAGCAUAACUGCUGAAGAAGCAACCCCAGAAAAGCGGGCACCUAUUCGUGUCAAAUUUGAGAUACCAUAUUUUACUGUAUCAGGAAUCCAGGUCAGGUACCUGAAAAUCAUUGAAAAGAGUGGAUAUCAAGCAUUGCCAUGGGUUAGGUACAUUACAACGGCAGGUGAAUAUGAACUAAGGAUGAUCUAGACUAAGUGAUACCUGAUAAAUGUUGUAAACGAGAGAGGAGGUUGUGUUUGGUCAUUCUGAUGGCUUAUUAAGUUGUUUUCCGUUUCUAAAUGAAGGAUCAAGCAGGAGGAUGUUAUUUUACUAUCCACCUAACAGUUGAGUGUAAUAGUCUUGUUAAAAAUCCAUCACAAAUUUGGUUUUGCUGUGUUCA